UGUAUUUGUAGAAACGGAUAACUUGAUGACCUCUUGUGGGAAAGAUAGUAAGUUAAUGGACCUCUGGUGGCAAACGUGGGAAGUAUCUCCACAACAUAUUAAGCGUUUUACAGUGUAACAGCAUCAAAGAAAAUUUGUUCACAAUUAACAAACAGAAUUAAUAACUGCAAUGGAUUCAGCAUAGCAACAUUAACUAAUAUUAAACAACAAAUAUCGUUUGUCCCUUAUUGUCCAUUUAGAUUACAUUUUCUUUUAUAUAUUUAAAGUUAUUAUAUUAUCCUAUAAAUUAUUUCAUUAUGUCUGCAAAUACUCAAUUUGCAAAUCCUCCACCAGCUAUAAGUUUACCUAAUAUGUCUGUGCCACCUCCUGCUACUCCAAAUUUAUCAGCUCCACCUCCUAAUUUAACUACUAUAAACACAUCUGGAAGUUACCAGCAUCGAUAUACCAAUCAUAGGGAUGGAGCAAGAGGAUUUUUUAAACCGUUUAGACCUUAUCAUGCACCAAAAAUUGUUGCUGCUGGCCAAGAUACAUUACAAGAUGAGUUUGAUGGAAAAAGACUUCGGAAAUCUGUUAUGCGUAAAACUGUAGACUACAAUUCUGCUAUUAUAAAGAGCUUAGAGAAUCGAGUAUGGCAGAGAGAUUAUAGGGACAGACGUGCCCUUCAACCAGAUGUAAUGUAUUAUCCUGAUCUACUUCCACCACCUAGUUAUGUUGAUAAUCCCAUAAAUGCAGUUACUACAAGAUUUGUAAAAACUGCAACGAAUAAAAUGCGAUGUCCUAUCUUUUGUAUGGCUUGGACACCAGAGGGAAGACGUCUUGUUACUGGUGCAUCUAGUGGGGAAUUUACUUUAUGGAAUGGUCUUACAUUUAAUUUUGAAACUAUUUUGCAGGCACAUGAUAGUCCUGUGAGAACAAUGGUAUGGUCACACAAUGAGAGCUGGAUGGUUACAGGAGAUCAUGCAGGCUAUGUGAAGUAUUGGCAGAGCAACAUGAACAACGUCAAGAUGUUUCAGGCGCACAAAGAAGCGAUUAGAGGACUCAGUUUCAGCCCAACGGAUCACAAACUGGCAACAUGCAGUGAUGAUGGAACUGUCAGAAUUUGGGACUUUCUUCGGUGUCAUGAAGAACGAAUUCUCAGGGGUCAUGGAGCUGAUGUGAAAUGUGUACACUGGCAUCCGCAAAAAAGUCUAGUCAUCUCUGGGAGCAAAGAUAAUCAGCAACCAGUUAAAUUAUGGGAUCCAAAAACUGGACAAUCUCUUGCAACUUUACAUGCACAUAAAUCAACAGUUAUGGAUGUUAAAUGGAACGAAAAUGGAAAUUGGCUAGUAACUGCGUCACGGGAUCAUUUGCUCAAAUUGUUUGAUCUUCGAAAUUUAAGUCAAGAAGUUCAAACAUUUCGUGGUCAUAAAAAAGAAGCUUCUAGCGUUGCGUGGCAUCCAAGUCACGAAGGUCUCUUUUGUAGUGGCGGAAGUGAUGGAGCUAUUUUAUUUUGGCACGUCGGAGCUGAUAAAGAAGUAGGUGCGAUAGAACAAGCUCAUGAUAGUAUAGUCUGGACAUUAGCGUGGCAUCCAUUAGGACACAUUCUGUGUUCUGGUAGUAAUGAUCAUACUUCAAAGUUUUGGACACGAAACAGACCUGGAGAUUUAAUGAGAGACAAGUAUAAUCUCAAUACUUUACCUGCAGGAUCGGCUGGUGUUGAUGAUCACGAAAUUGCCGAUGAAGCAGCCGUCAUACCUGGUAUGGGACCAGAAGAUAGAAUCAAUGCUGAUGGUGAACCAGAAGACAAAAGCGGUGGUAUUCCUGGUUUAGAUUUGGAUCAUGCAGUUGAUGAAGGCAAGAAAUUCGCUAAUAAAAAAGUUCCAUAUAGCAAACCGAUUCCAAGAAAUUUUCAAGCUCAAUGGAAUGAAAUGGAGGCAGAGGAUAUGGAGCAGGUAGAAGCUUUAAAUGCAUUUGUAAAUCAAUUAAUUGAAACUACGCCAGGAGCAGUACCUCUAAACGAAGUGACACCAAAUGGUAUUAUAUUAUAUGGAAAAAUGAUUCCCGUUGAACCCGGUUCUAAGUUAGCAGAAGCAAUUAGUAAAGGAAACGAUGCCAUAAAUAAAUUAGUAUUCUCCGGAGAAAUAGAAGAACUACGGGACGUUGUAGGUCCACCGGAUAAUAUGGAUGAUUCCGAAGAAUAUUUGCAAGACGACGGCGAAAUAGAUUAUUCUAAAGUACCCGAUAUUGAACUUCCUCCACCUUUACCUAGUUCCAAGUUCGCACAGAAUCCCGAAUUAUUAAAAGCUUUGAAUCGUGGUGGAAAACGAAAGUUUGAUCAACUGAUCGGUUGGAGUGAUGGUGGAGCCAGUGAUCGAACGUCGAAGAUUCAUCAACCGGUUUUCGGCGGAGUGAUGACAGAAGACUCACAAUCUAGUGAUACCGAUUUAAGGUAUACCGGAGCAAAGUCAAAUCAACACUCCAACGAGACCAAUUCUUUUCAUAGUGGACAGGAUGAAGAUCUCAGGAAACUUCCUCAUGGUGAAAGCACUAGAAAUACAAAUCGCGACGAGGACUUACGGUUUAACAUAUCCAGCGGACCUGGAAGGCCUAGUUCGCGUUCUGAUUAUGAUGUAAGAAGUAACUUUGCAGAUAAGGAUUUUAGGAGUUCUCAUGGAUUUUCUUUGAAGAAGCCUUUGGACAACGAUAUUUAUGAUGACAGAGAUAGAGACAGUAGUUCGCGAUGGGAUGAUGAAAAAUCGAUGAAUGAUGGGCCCAGGAAAGGGGAUGGUGGUUUUUCAAACAAUUUCGAUAAACGCGAUAACAUACCCAUAGGUAUAGGCAUAAGUAACAAUAUGCCCCAUUUAGGCAACAGUAUAUCUCAUAUAUCGAGUCAUCAUAAUAUGCAGAAUAUUAAUCCUAAUAUGACUCCUCCCAUUCCAAGUUUAGUGCCACAUCCAAAUAUGUCCCAGCAUCCUAUGCAGAAUAAACCACUACAUCCUGGUAUGCAAGGAAUUGAUGGUCCCAUGCACAUGAUGCAUCAUCCUAAUAUGCAUCCUGGUUUUGGUCCUAAUGGACCCCCACCUGGAAAUUUUGGUCCUAAUUUUAGACCACCAAAUGGUAAUUUUGGACCUAAUCAACACUUUAGGCCGAGUCCAUUACCUCCAUUUGGACCGAAUCAAGGACCAUUCGGUAACAAUUUUCAAGGUUUGCCAAAUUUUCGUGGACCGAAUUCUGGUCCGCCCAAUUUUGAUCGACCUGGAUUCGGUCCUGGUUUUCGAGGUCAGAAUCCUGGACAAAAUCCAGCAAAUAAUUUUAAUUCAAAUUUUGGUAAUUUUGGAAAUAAACUUGGACCUAAUCGAGGUCCCAUGAAUAGGGGACCUAAUGACAAUAACAUGGGAAGAAUGGGAAGGAGUGGGUAUAAUAAUCGCGGUAGAGGACGCGACGGUGAUCAACCACGAGGCAUUCGAGGAAGAGAUAAUUAUUGAAAUUAUUCAGAAUGAAAGUGUCUGCAUGUUAUAUGUAUGUUGACAUACUGCCGUUCGCCCUGCACGAAUGAUCCGGUUGUUCCGUAAUAGGUUGUACAGUUAUCGAUAAUGAAUUUUAUGCGUAGAACGGUGGUAUUCUGUAAGAGCAUUGCAGUGUAAAAUAACGACCCAUAUCAGACACGUUGCGAGCCAUUUUGUAUUCUGUGCUAAAAAAGAAACUCGAAGUGGGCGUUAAUACAGCGUGCUUGGAUGAAAGUAUAUUUUCUUUUUCCGAAAGGACUUUAUUUGAAGAGAAUUGUCCUUUUGCCAGAAAAAGCGACUGAUUAUCCAUAUUCUAGAUGACUAGAUUUCUAAAUAAUGCAAGAGAUGAAUUCGUGCCGGAAGCAAGUGCGACCUCUUUCCCGCAACUUGUAAUACUUGCACGAGUGUACAAGUGUGGUGAAUCGUAUAAAGCCGCAGAAAUUGUAAUAUAUAAGAUAUAACCAAUGACUCACCGAUAUUAUUCCGAUUAAAAAAAGGAUAAAAAAAGGAUAAAAAAAGAAAAAAACAACUGUUCACAAGCUGCCUUGCGAAAGAAAUUUUCUUGUUCCGAUUUUGAGAAUUGAUUGAGCGUGCGGGAAUAGGGUAGAGAAGCAUGUGGAGCAUGUUGAACGUUUCGUAAUUGUUACUGGUCGUCAAAAAAUUGUGAACCAGAACAGUUUACCUAUCAAUUAUUAAUAAAAAUGAAGUACGAUGCAGAA